UCAAACUUACCCCACACUCCUCAAGUCAGCGCGGUUAGUUGCUCGCUGGCUUUUCUAACGCGAAGUCAUCUCUCGCUUCUGACGGAGAAACACAAGAAGAGCAGAAAGUCCAAACAAACUUUAACCUUUCUGCAGGAAACGAAGCAAACGGAUUUUUAAAGGGAAAACUGUGGACUGGAGCCCCUCUUUCUGCAGGAAAAAGGAGGCUUAACUUUUUUUUUCUCCCCUUUUUUCCUCCCUCCUUUCUUCUUUAACCAAAAUGAAUCGGAGCUUUAAUAAGUCGCAGCCUUUGCGACACGCUGAUUGUGACGCUGUGGAAGUGAAGAGCAAGUAUGGAGCAGAGUUCCGGCGGUUCUCUGUAAACCGGUUCAAGCCUGGUAAAUUUGAGGAAUUCUACAAGCUCAUCCUGCAUAUUCACCGCCUUGCGAAUAUAGAGGUGAUGAUUGGCUACGCCGACACCCAUGGGGACUUCCUGCCGAUUAACAACGAUGAGAACUUUUCCAAGGCGGUCGACUCUGCUCAUCCCCUCCUCAGGGUAUUCAUACAAAAACGAGAGGAGGUUGACUACUCCACCUUUGGCACCAACACCUUAACCCGUAAGAAGAAGGCCGUGGUGACCCUGCGCAGCAGCGACAUCAACCGGAAGCGUCCCCGUGUCCCCAUCGGCAUGCCACAGGACUUCCGUCCCGUCUCCUCCAUCAUCGACGUGGACAUACUGCCCGAGUCCCACCGCCGAGUCCGACUGUAUCGCCACGGCUCGGACAAACCCCUGGGCUUCUACAUCCGGGACGGGACCAGCGUCCGCGUGACUCCUCACGGGCUUGAGAAGGUUCCAGGCAUCUUCAUAUCCCGGAUGGUGCCCGGAGGCUUGGCAGAGAGCACCGGGCUGCUGGCGGUUAAUGAUGAGGUGCUGGAGGUGAAUGGCAUCGAAGUGACAGGAAAGUCUUUGGAUCAGGUCACAGACAUGAUGAUUGCUAACAGCCACAACCUGAUCGUGACAGUUAAGCCGGUGAACCAGCGCAACAACGUGGUCCGCAGCAGCAGAAUCUCAGGUAGCUCAGGUCAGUCAUCCGACAGCAGUGGGUCGAUUGGCAUUCCAAGUCUGUCGGUGGCCUCUGCGCGGGAGGCGUCUUCUGUAGCGCAUCACAGCUACCAUGACGACCUGGAAAGUGACGAAGAUACGGAUAUUGUCAUCGAGAACAGCCUCAAGAGGCCAUCUCUCCGCUCCAACACCUCGCUGGCUUCCAGCGCAUCCCGUGCACACCAGCAGACUCCGACAACGGGUCCAGCAGCUCCUCCCAGCCCUCCCACACGGCCGUCAUCGGUGACCUCCAACACCUCCUUCCGGUCCCAGACAAGUCUCAAUGGAGGGUCCCACCACCAACAACCACCCAUCAGUCUGAGCCAUCAGCUGCACAGAGACCUGAACCUUAAACACAACCAGCACCAGCAGUCCAAACACGGCGAGCUGCAUCUGCAGCCGCCUCAUCACAGCAGCAACCCAGCGCUCCGGUACAGCAACGGCAGUCUGCACAAAAUCCUCAGCUCUCUGAAAACGGACCCACGCCACAGUCUCACUCUGCCCAAAGGAGGGGUGGAGGAGGAUGGCACCGUCAUUACCCUAUAAUAAUUACAGAUAAGGUAGCAUAAACAUCCCGGCUCCUCAGAGACUAUUCAGGAACAGCCAGUUACACACAAGCACACAGUUUCUCUAUCAGACACUAACUGUGGAGCCUCUGAUGGUUUUUAAAAGACAAUUGGAAGUUUACAACAAGGAUACCAUGUAUAUAUCUUGUAUUUUUAAGUUUGUCUCAUGUUUGACAAUGUGUAUGUUCUUUAUAAACAUCAGAACAAAUGAUUUUUUUUAAGUCCACUGUAGGUUAGAGCUCUGAAUGUACCUGCAAGCCUGGUGUCUUUUCUUGGUGUCCACUUUUUAAGGCCCUCUUUCAUUCUAAUUCCUGGGACCAAUGUGGGGUUGCUUAUGGAUGGUUUUUAAAGAGUAAAUCUAUAUUUCUUAUAUUCCCAUAAAUGCUGUGUAGAUUUUGUUUUACUAGAUAUUUUAGGCAUCCGUGAUUGUGAUCAAAUCUUUGUAUCUGUUUAAAUAAAUUAUUUUCUCAUUCAUGAAAAGUAGAUGUGAUUAGUCAGCUUUUUCAAUUUAAGAGCCAUUUUCUGCAUGAUAAAUAUAUAAAUUUCUGAAAAUGAGUUGCUCAAAACAGGGGCCUCUCUGAUGCUCCAUUUAUACAAAUAAUGCACAGUUACUCAGCUUUUUUCUUCAUCUAUUACAUCAGGUCCUGAGUUUAUCAUUCUAGGCUAAGCUUGUCGGGUUUCUGGGGUUACAGAUGGGGACGAAAACAGAUUGGAGUACGCUUAAAGACCUGUUGAGGUAUAAUUGAGACCAUGAGAGAACCUGUCACUUCUACUCCACAAAUUUGUUGACAGGCCAAAUUCUUAGGCUGGUGUCCAUCAAUAUCCUUCUAUACAUCCACUCAUCAACCAAUCCAUCUGUCCAUUCAUGUUUCGAUCUUUUCAUCCAUCUCCUUCAUCCAGCCAUCCAUUUCUUAAUCCAUCUGUUCAUCCACCUAACAGAUCAUCAAUCUAUACAUGCAUCUGUCAUUCACCAGUCAAUUUGUCUAUCCAUGCAUCCAGUCUUCAGUCUAUCCAUUUAUUUGUCUGUAAAUCCAUCCACCACUCUGCUCAUCCAUCUGAACCUUCUAUGCAUCGACUUAUCUAUUCAUCCAAUCGUCCAUCUAUCUGCCAAUCUGAUUGUGUCCUGUUCAUUUAUCUGACAAUCCAACUGAUCAUUCACCCAACCAUUUGCAUACGCAUCAUUAUCCAUUUGUUUGUCCAUCAUCCGUCCUUUUGUCAAUCAUUUGCUGUAUUUUGAGCGUGUCAGAGUAAAUAAAACAAUAAAUAAAUAGGUGGUGCUAAUAACUCAAUGUACAGGCUAUUUACAUUAGACAGCUAAGUAAACCUAUUAAUAACCUAGAUCAUCUAUCCAUCUAUCUGUUUGUCCAGCCAUGCACCCAUCUCCUUUUUUUGGUUUUUGCAGGUUCCAUAUUUAAAGUCUGACCAAUUGUAUUUGUUCUUUAAAGAAUGGGCCAAAAUAGAGUUGAAUUGAGAAAAGUAUUUUAUUGCAAAAUGUGUUUUAUAGUAUGAACUCUGACUACUGGUAAGCAAAAUGUUUCAUUGAUCCUAUUUUAAGUCUUUUAAAGUUGCAUUUCCACCUGAUUGCAGUUGUUAGUCAGGUUUUUAGCAGAAAAUAGCAAGUAUUAGGGAAUCUGAGCAGUGAUUAUCUCAGUUUGUGUCUGAAUGCAAUUGAGAAAAACACAUUGGAUCAUUUGGUGAAAUUAGAUGUUUUCCUAAACCUACAUCUGACCGUCAAAUGAGUCGUAACGGAAGUUGAUGUGUUGUUUUUUUCAAAAGCAGUAAUGUUUUUCUAGGAAUUCAUGACCAACAUACACUUUGUAGUAUGUUCCCCUUUAUUUAGGUAGAUGGUGAUGUUAAGGUCAACUCUGACUAAACAGUUAGAUUUAGAUGCUGCAAAGAAAAGCACAUUCUCCAAAGAUUGGAUUCCUUUAGUUGUGUAUCAACAGUCUUUACCAUUAGGUUUUUGGCAGCAGGCAACCUUCAUUAGGAAUACGGCCUCAUCCAGUGUCGAGGCCCUGCAGCAGCAGCAAACAUUGUCUCACCACUCUGCUAAUGAAUGUUUGUCCACCAUGUUUAUUCAGGAUGCUGCACCAAUCAACCAGUUAACUGAUCCUUUACUUUGGGCUAAUCUAUGCUGCCUCCUUUCAGAUUUUAGGGUAAGUGGGGGAACUGAAUUGCUAACAAACAGGGUCAUUGCAUAAAUACAUAAGUGCACAGUUUGUUUGUGCAAAACACUUGCUGUUUAUGAUUCUUUCACUCAAACAUGUACAUAAAUGUAAAUGUUUUGUGUAUUGAAAGUUCUGAAGGUUUAUAACAGUUACAUACUUGUGGAAAAAACACAUGACUGCCAUCUGCUGGCGGCAAAUGAAUUGACAUGUUAAGAGCUGAGUGGCAAAUUAAAGCAUCCCUGCAAAUCAAUGUUACUUUUACUAUAGAUGAAAUACUGCUGGUGAAAUGUGUUACUUGCAGGAUAACAAUUUUCCUUUCCAAUAGGCACUAAGGAAGGGGCACUAAGGUUUUAGGUUGUAAACACACAAAAGGUGAAAAAGCUAAGAGGUUUAAAUAUAUUUUACAAGGCACCACACACCCAAGAAAGCAGAAAGUGGUCAAUUAAAAAUUAAAAAUUUCUAAAAACUCUGAUCAACUUAAAAAAACUAAAUUAAUAACUGAAUAGGGGCCUCGAGGCAUUCAUUUUUGAAGUAAUCUUUAGGGGUAUCAUUACUUGUGCCACUGGUGUUUUUAUUUUUGUUUUAAAGAUUUAUUUCUUAACGAUUUUUCUACAUUUUCCGUGUUAUACUCAUUCUGCUGCAAUAAAAAAUGAUUUUAAAGUAAAUUUA